UCAAACAAAAAAUGCUUACUCCAACUAUUAUGAUGUAUUACAUCAUGAAUUUAAUCAAUAAACAUGCUGAAGAACCACUCGAGUGUUUGUGCAUUUUAUUAAAGACUGUUGGAAAAGAAUUAGAAAAAUCAAAUAAUUUAAAUGAUACCUUUGAUAAACUAAAAGCUUUAACAUCCAACAAAAUGAAAUCCAAGAUUCCGUCAAGAAUAACAACUAUGAUACAGGAUGUCAUUAAUCUACGCACAGAUAAAUGGAUACCAAGAUAUGUUGAUAGUUAUCCAAAAUUAACAAAUGAAAUAAAGGUCGAAGCAAAUGAAGAACAAUUUAUGUCGCUAGCUAAAAAUACGUCUGAAAAACUAGAUGAUAAAAUCAUAAUACCGGUAAUAUACCAGUUAGGUAUAUUACAUUUUUGUCGCAAAAAUAAUAUAUACAGUACAUUUUAUUUAAAGCUCAUAGAUACAGUUGAACAAUCGAAGUCAUUGAACUCAAUAGUUGCUUAUAAAAUUAAUAUGAAAUGUAAAAACAUACUUCUAGAUUAUGAGCAACUGCAAAAUUUAAAUGUAUGUACUCAAGGCAAAAAUGUUAAUUAUAAUCAUAAUUUUAAUUUUAACAUCUGCUUUUUUAUAUAGGACUAGCUGUCCGGACACGGCGUUGCCCGCGUAUUAGUUUGUUUUUUUGCAUUUUCGUAGGCCGUGUAUUAUUGUUAUUAUGUAUUAGACAAUUUUUUUUUUAUUUGUAGUUUAUUAGUGGUUUCGGAGAUCAUAGCGUAUAGGAAACUAUUGAGUAUGUCAAAUUAAUAUUCAUAUAAUGUCACUAAUAAUAACCCACAGGAUUAAGGAUAGAACAUAGUCUGCAAUGAAUGAGUAAAUUACAAAGUUCUUUAUUGAUAUCAUAAACAAAUAUAAUUUUAUAAAUUAUAUACAUUUUAAACUAUUUUUAAUAAUUUAAAUUUAACUAAGAACUAAUUGGUGCACAAUAUUUUUGGUUAACCUGUCUUUUGCUAAUAUUUGAUGGCUUCCCCCACGUGAACAUGCAACAUAUAGUUGCCCAUGGGAAAAACAUGGAUUUUCCAAGUCCAAGCCACAAAUGUACAUUGUUUGUCCUUGAGCCUUGUUUAUGGUCAUUGCGAAAGCCAAACGAAUAGGAAAUUGAAGUCUU